AGCCUUCAAGCCCGCGGGGAAGCAAGUCGGCAACGGACCAAGAUGGCGGCGCCCAGUGAGGGGCAGGCGUUUGCCGCGGGGGUUGAAAAGAAUUGGGGUGCGGUUAUUCGCUCCCCAGAAGGGACGCCCCAAAAAGUCAGGCAGCUGAUAGAUGAGGGGAUUGCUCCAGAAGAAGGAGGCGCCGAAGCGAAGGACACCUCUGCCACAUUCCAGUCAGUUAAUGGGUCACCCCAAGCGGAACAGCCGCCAUUGGAAUCUACAAGCAAAGAAGCCUUCUUUAGCAGGGUGGAAACGUUUUCUUCUCUGAAAUGGGCAGGUAAGCCCUCUGAGCUGUCUCCACUUGUCUGUGCAAAGUACGGCUGGGUCACAGUUGAAUGUGAUAUGCUCAAGUGUUCCAGCUGUCAGGCUUUUCUCUGUGCCAGUUUACAACCAGCUUUUGAUUUUGACAGAUAUAAGGACCGAUGUGCUGAGCUGAAGAAAGCCUUGUGCACCGCCCAUGAGAAGUUCUGUUUCUGGCCAGACAGCCCCUCCCCAGAUCGAUUUGGGAUGUUGCCGUUGGAUGAGCCUGCUGUUCUUGUUAGCGAAUUCCUAGAUCGUUUUCAAAGCCUUUGUCACUUGGACCUUCAGCUUCCUUCCCUGAGGCCAGAGGACUUGAAAACUAUGUGCUUGACAGAAGACAAGAUCAGUCUUCUCCUGCACCUGCUUGAAGACGAACUUGCUCACCGAACGGAUGAGAGAAAAGCUGUAAGCAAAUUAGGCUCAGACAUCCAAGUCCACGUCACUGCCUGUGUCCUCUCUCUGUGCGGCUGGGCAUGCAGUUCUUCUCUGGAACCCAUGCAGCUCUCCUUGAUAAGCUGUUCACAGUGUACGAGGAAGGUGGGGCUCUGGGGCUUCCAGCAGAUGGAGUCUUCCAUGACUGAACUGGACGCAUCGUUUGGCCUGACCAGCUCCCCCAUCCAAGGCCCUGAGGGGCGGGCAGAGCGCUUCCCUCUGGUGCCUGAAUCUCCUCGGAGGAUGAUGACUCGGAGUCAGGAUGCCACAUUUUCCCCUGGCUCCGAGCAGGCCGAAAGGAGCCCAGGCCCUGUCGUCUCCCGAACUCGGAGCUGGGACUCUUCUAGUCCCGUUGACCGUCCUGAGCCAGAGGCUGCUAGCCCCACCACGAGAACUCGUCCUGUGACCCGAAGCAUGGGAACAGGAGACGGCACUGGCCUGGAAGUGCCAUCGAGCCCUCUCCGGAGAGCCAAACGGGCUCGCCUCUGCUCUUCUAGCAGCUCGGACACAUCUUCCCGAAGCUUCUUUGAUCCCACCUCUCAGCACAGAGACUGGUGCCCUUGGGUGAAUGUCGCAUUUGGCCAGGAUACCAGGGAGGAUGGCAGAACCGAGACAGAUGCCAGUGCCGCGGCAGAGCCAGGCUGGAAGGCCGUGCUGAACAUCCUCUUGGCCCACAAGCAGUCCAGCCAGCCAGCUGACACAGACUCCAUGAGUCUCUCUGAGAAAUCAAGGAAGGUAUUCCGAAUAUUCCGGCAGUGGGAAUCCUUAUGCUCAUCCUGAAGAUAUUCCAGCCCUUCCUGGAGAGAAGCGGAACGAGUGACUUGGAGAAAUAAGAGUCUGAGUUCCCUUUUGGUCGGCUGAUUUCUCCAUCCCGGUUUCACCACAAGGAUCCCCCGUCUUUGCAAAAGGCAGCGUCACUGUCUGCGUCUGCCUGAGGGGAAGCCUGUUUCCGUGCCGGGAUUGGACAGGUGAAGUAUGCCAAGCCUGGCUCUGUUAAGGGAGUGCGGGGAGGUUAAACUAGGUGGAGGACCGAGCACGUGAGCUCUUCUGGUGUCUGUCAGUACGGGCUGGUGUUGUGAAGACUCUCGUGUCCCAGGAAUGUGACAGAAUGUGUUAAUAAAAUACUUGCUAGGAUUCUUA